AUGGCGGCAACCGACUCAUCACACUCUCCCGCAGUCCUCACCAGCAAUCCGAAGCUCCUCCUCCCCUCCACCACCGACCCUCCCAGCGACACCAACCCGCCCACACAAAAGACAUGGCUCAUAUUCGGCGCGACGGGCCACAUCGGCCGCUCGCUGGUCAAAUGCGCUCUCAGCCACGGCGAUAAUGUCACGGCCGUGGGGCGCACGCAGGAGAACAGCAUGCAGCAGAUGCAGGGCUGGCAUGCGCGCUGCUUGGGCCUCCUCUGCGACGUCCGCGUGCGGGACACGGUGCGAGAGGUGAUUGAGAAGAGCGUGGAACACUGGGGCAAGAUCGACAUCAUCGUCAAGUAAGCGCGCGAAAGAAGGGGCGGGCGUCCUAUGGUCAUGCCCAAAAAACACCCCUUCUAACAUGCUUCAUCAAUACAGCUGCACGGGCUACGGCGUCAUCGGCUCCUGCGAAGACCAGGACGACUCGGAUCUCCGCUCGCAGUUCGAGACGAACUUCCUCGGAACCCUCCACAUCAUCCAGCUCUCGCUGCCGCACCUCCGUCGCCAGAAUUCCGGCCGCUACCUCAUCUUCUCCUCCACCAGCGGAGCCCUCGGCGUCCCCGGAUUGGGGCCCUACUGCGCGACCAAGUACGCCACCGAGGGCCUGAUCGAGAGCAUGCUCUACGAGGUAGACCAUUUCGGCAUCCGCGCGACCCUCGUCGAACCAGGCCAUAUGCGUCUGGACGAGCCGACGGGUCUAGAUGACAAAGCCCCCACCUCUUUCGUCAAUGAUGGCGAGGGCCAGGGGGUCAAUGGCGAGGAGAACGGGGUCAAGGUGAAGAAGUAUGGCCAUUUCCUGGUCAAGGCUCCUUCCGCGCCUUACGAGGCCGCUACUUCGCCGGCGGGACAUGCCAGGAGGAUCGUGCAGUGGCUUUCGGAUCGGCAGCCGACGAGUGCUAUGAAGUCUGCCGAGUUGGUUUGGCAGCUGGGGCAUUGUAAGUAUCCGCCUCUGAGAUUGCUCUUGGGCACAUAUGCGGUGGAGAGUGUGAGGGACCGGCUACGGAGUGUGAUCGAAGAGAUUGAAGAUUGGAAGCAUCUUCAUUUUCCUGUGCUGGAUGAGAAUGGCAAGGUGAGGGGUGAGAAAGCUGACGAGGACGGUAAUAACGACGUCAAGGCGGAAGACGACGCAAUGGAUAUCGAUGAGGCUGGAGCAGAUAUCAAAGAGGAGGAAGAUGAUCCUUGA